GACUGAAGCGCGGAUGGCUUGGCAGCGUUUUGCGGCGUCGGCUCAUUUAACAGCAGUCUAACACCCGGAUCAAACAAGAACGAUUCCAUGGGCUACUGAAGAAUGCCAUUCACGUAGAAUCUGUUGAUUUUAAAUUCCAAAAACAACAACAGGCCUACCUGCACCAUCAUCAAUGCUUAAUGCAGCCUACGCUUGGAAGCAUUCGUCUUCCGGCUACAAAGACUAGUGAGCACGCGCGUGGCCCGCAACAGCGAACUGGUGCUGAUGCUGAGGAGAAGGCGCGCGCAUCACAUGAGCGCAUCGCAUUACAUCACUUUGCUACGAGGUGAUUGGCUGAAGGUCAAGGCGUACUUCGCUCGCGGAUCACGUCCUAGCCAAGCCAAAUAUCCCGACUCAAGACAUAUUAUCGCUAUCAAAACAAAUUUAGUUAUAACCUUUUAAUUGAUUGUAAAUAUAUUUUCGUUUGGCGCCCGUUUUGAGGAUGGCAGAGAGCGAAGCAGACACGCCAAGCACCCCGAUAGAGUUUGAGAGCAAAUACUUCGAGUUUGAUGGAGUGCGACUUCCACCCUUCUGCAGAGGAAAGAUGGAGGAGAUCGCGAACUUCUCCCUCAGAAGUAGCGACAUAUGGAUUGUCACGUAUCCCAAGUCAGGUACCAGUCUCCUUCAGGAGGUGGUGUAUCUGGUGAGUCAGGGGGCAGACCCAGAUGAGAUUGGUCUUAUGAACAUUGAUGAGCAGCUUCCUGUUCUGGAGUACCCUCAGCCUGGUCUAGAGAUCAUACAGGAAUUGACGUCUCCUCGUCUGAUCAAAAGCCACCUGCCCUACCGCUUCCUGCCUACAGCCAUGCAUAAUGGAGAGUCCAAGGUGAUCUACAUGGCGAGGAACCCUAAAGAUCUUGUGGUGUCUUACUACCAGUUCCACCGCUCCCUCAGAACCAUGAGCUACCGCGGAACCUUCCAGGAGUUCUGCAGACGCUUCAUGAAUGACAAGCUGGGAUAUGGUUCCUGGUUUGAGCAUGUGCAGGAAUUCUGGGAGCAUCGCAUGGACUCAAACGUCCUCUUCCUGAAAUAUGAAGACAUGUACAAGGACCUGGGGACGUUGGUGGGGCAGCUGGCGAGGUUCCUGGGUGUCUCGUGUGACAAGGUCCAGCUGGAGACCAUGGUGGAGAGCUGCAACCAGCUCAUAGAGCAGUGCGGCAACUCAGAGGCCCUCUCCAUCUGCAGGGGUCGCGUGGGACUGUGGAAGGACAUCUUCACUGUGUCAAUGAAUGACAAGUUUGACACUGUGUAUAGACAGAAGAUGGGCAAGUCUGACCUGACCUUUGACUUCGGCCUGUGAGGACCGGACCGACUAACCACAACGACACGAACACGGACUACACUCCUCCUUCUGCUGCUCAAACACUGUACACUCCUCUGCCUCUCUUCAUCACUCAAUCAAUUCAUCAAUUAAUCAAUCAAACACUUAUUGGAUAUACUGUAUAUAUCAAUCGCUCCACCAGCAAAUACUAUAGCUGUCAAUCAACCAACCAAUCAAUCACCCACCCAAUAAAUGAGUCAAUCAACACACCAAUCAAUCAGUAUAAAGAGUGCAUCCUUCAAAAGCUCACCAAUCAAUUGAUCUAUUUAUCAAACAAUCGGUCAGUUUCUCAGGCAAUCAAGCCAGAUCCUGUUUUAGCCUAAUGUGGCACAAAUCCCAUCCCCCACCCCAUCUAUGUCCCCCCUCUCUGCCGUUCAUCCCAUUCCUCUUCAGUAUGUACCGCUGUGUAUGUAUGUAUAUACCAAUGCUCUAUAGCAAGUUGUGUAUGUGGCAGUGGUCCCAAGCCUGAGGGAAACACAUGGAAGUUUGUGGCACCGUCGCCAAACCCGUACAGAGCAAGCUCACACGUCUCGUUCAACACUUAACGUUGAGACAGUGUUGUUAUAAUGUUUCAGAAACUCUGUAUGAAUGCUAUGGUGGGGAAUCAUAAGUCCAGCCCAGAUUCGAGCAUAGAGACCAUCCAUGACUGCCCUUUGAUACAGAGCAGGUGUUCAGUUUUGCCUGUAUCCAGGUCAGUUCCUUCCUUUUAGCACACGUUUUCCACUUUCAGUACAUUACAUAGCUUGUUUGUUACAAAAAGUAUUUCAAUGGGCAUUAGCUUAAUCAGCACUAGACUUUUGUAUCAGCCUUUCUUGCUGAAGUAAAUGGGGGAUGUGUGUGUGUACAUGCUUGUGUGUGAGCAAAAUCACACAAAUGACACAUAACAACUGCCUUUUAUAUCAGUUCUGUUUGUUCAUGCUGCUAAAGUGAUGCCUUUCUCUGUCCUCAGACCCAUCGCCACCUAUAGAGUUAAUGUACUACACCUGAAACAACAGAGUAUCCCUCCAUGUUACCAGCAUUCUCUGUGUGCUAUCCCCCAAGUACAUGUACCUUCAGACUGUAUCCAAAGUUGGAUGGAUGGAUGUAUGCAUCCCUCCCCAAAGGUUAGGUUUCAAAACAUCAUUGCCCUCUGUUUGUCAUCAGAGCCCCUUUUAUAUUCUAUUGUUACAUCUCUUUCUCUUCUCCUCCUCCUCCUCCUCCUCCUCCUCCUCCUCCUCCUCCUCCCUGCUGUAAAUGCCCCCAGACAUACCAGUAGACCCCCCAACCCCCCCUCUAACCCCUCUGCUCUGCUGGACACUUGUGAAUGUCUUUAUUGAUGUGGAUGUAACAACCUUAACAGACAGGCUCAGUGCUCUGCUUUAGGACUUCCCUCUUUCACUCUCUCUCUCUCUCUCUCUCUCUCUGUUUCUCUCACUCUGUCUGUAUCUCUAUCAAUUCAAUUGGCUUUAUAAACGUGUUUACAUUGCCAAAGCAAGUGGAAUAGACAAUAAACAAAAAGGGAAAUAAACUCUUGUCAGUUUUUUCUCUCAUUCUCUCUUUUUACCAUCGUUGGCAAUCCUGCUGCAGCCAACCUCUACAAGUGUAAUGUGGUGUACGGUUUGUUUGGUUUUUAUAUGCCUGUAGGGUUGUCCUAACCUGGGCGUUAUGCAUCGUACAUUACAUGCUACAUGCUUGCUUGCUGGUUUAUUAAUAAAGUUAUGUCU